AUAAAUGACGUUUGGAAGGUCAAGGCAGGGGCUUAGGUAUGAGCACCCAAAGAACAGCAAACAUCGAGUAGAGCUCGAAAACACCUGUGAGGUAUGCAAACAAAAAACAGAACCGGCGCUCUCUUUUUGUUUCUAUGAUAACACCCCGCGACAAGUCUACCAAGAGCGUUUUCCAGUUAAACCCAGACUGCAGGCGGGGAAUGUCUUUGGCCUGGAUCAUUCUGAUCGGUCUUCUGAUCCCUGAGAGGAACACCACUGGAGGAGCCCUAGCGAACGCAUCCCCGCACAUUCGAUUACGUAGAACGCACCUUCCGGCGAUCAAGGUACGACACGUAGCCCAUCGAACAUCACGCCGGAUUGUGCGCAUUACCAGUUUGGACCAAACAGCUCUAGGGUCCCAGAAGAUUCAGCAUGUUGGAGCAUUUAAUGACUCCAUCUCGAUGGAUAGGUGGGAAUACAACAUGUGGCAGGUACUGAGGGUCGACGGAAAAACCAACCUCUACAUACUGUUCUUUACCAUCUACGUUAGCUACCUGGUGUAUGUUUUAUUCUAAGUCGGUGUUUCGUCCAAUAAAAAGCGUACCCUCAAAAAAAAUAGGGAGUUUAUCAUCAGAAA